GCAACGUUUUGUGGCCUUCAAAGCAGCCUCUCAUCUCUCUACCCCCACCCACGUGGUUGAAGUCGAUGGAUUCAACGGUCAGUUAACAGUUUCCUCUUUCUAUUUCUCUUCCCUCGGACCCCACCUCAUCACCUCCUCCAAUACCGAAGGAGAUCCUUUCGAAUCUUCCAUUUUUUUUUUUCAUCUUCCUCUUCUUCUUCACGACCAAUCUUCAAUCCAAUAAAAACUCUGACCCAUAUAGAAAUUGAGGAAAAAAAAAAUAACAGAGAAAGAUAUAAUUGUAGUGAGAAACAGAGUAUAGAAUGAGAUCUCUGAGCUCGCAUUUUGUGCUGAUCGAUCUCCACACCUCAUGGCACGCAGUUAACCAGAUCCCAAAUUCAACUUUCUCUUACCUCAAAAGUUCAGAUUUUUCCUCUUCAUUCUCAUCGGCAUUUCGUCGAACACGUCGUCGGCGAAAUGGGAUUUCUUCGUCUGCCUCUUCGGUACCAUCAAUUCGGCCCCCGGAGAUCCGCAGGCCUCGUGAUUGGUCCUCUCAGGGAAAUGGGUCGUCGUCGGUUUCUCUGAAUACCGCUUCGACUUCGCGAUCGGAGGAAGUCUCGGAGCUGGACUUGUUUCUUGAAUUAGUGCCUUUGAGGAUGAAGGAUGAGCUGUUUCGGCACCCAGAGAUUGGCGACUUGAUUGAAGUGGUUAUGGAUUUGGGUAGGCAGCCUCUUGCUCGGUUUCCUUCAGGCGAUUGGAUGAUCUCUGAGCAGCCUGUAAAGCUUGAAGAUCUCCUGCACUCAAUUUCAAAGGUUGGCGAUUUUUCGGAUGACAAUCGUUCAGGCAUUGAUAAUUCCCUACAUCGUAUAAGUGCUAUUCGAAACCGUAAAAUGCAAAUUAUUGGCCUCACUUGCCGCGUAGGUCGAGCUGUAUCUGGAAGUGCUGAAAUCAUACGUGACUUGGUUGAGGGGGGAGGUUCUAUCUUGGUUAUAGGUCCUCCAGGAGUCGGCAAAACAACCUUGAUUAGAGAAAUAGCUAGGAUGUUGGCAGACGAACACAAGAAACGUGUUGUGAUUGUAGAUACCUCAAAUGAGAUUGGAGGGGAUGGAGAUGUUCCUCAUUAUGGAAUAGGUCAUGCAAGAAGAAUGCAAGUUCCAAAUGUUAAUAUGCAACAUAAUGUAAUGAUUGAAGCAGUUGAAAACCACAUGCCUGAAUCCAUUAUAAUUGAUGAAAUUGGAACUGAGCUUGAAGCUCUCGCAGCCAGUACAAUUGCUCAGAGGGGAGUUCAACUUGUUGGAACAGCACAUGGAAUGACUAUAGACAACAUAAUAAAAAAUCCCUGCCUUCAAAUACUUGUUGGUGGCAUCGAGAGUGUGACUCUAGGUGAUGAUGAGGCGAAGAAACGGAAGGUGCAGAAGACAAUUCUUGAAAGGAAAGGGCCUCCUACAUUUACGUGUGCAAUUGAGAUAGUAUCUAAAACUGAGUGUCGUGUUCAUCAUCGGUUGGAUGCAUCCGUAGAUGCUAUACUGGCAGGAAAAUCUCCCUUGUUUGAAGUCCGUCACAUGGAAUGUGAAGCUAAUAGUUGUUUGGAGUCUACUCCAACACUCGAGAAGAACCGUAAAAAAGGAUCUGAGCUGGAUAAGGAUGAAGACAGAAUGUCUCAAAUAGAGUCUGCUCAAGAAGACAGAGAUUAUUCUCAAAUUAAUUCCAUGAAAUUGAGCAGAAAUAUUACUGUUAGUAAGCGGAGGUCACCAGUUUAUGUUUACACUUAUAAGAUCCUUGAAGCUGAUCUACUUCAAGUGGCAAGCGUAAUGGGGAUUGAGGAUGAGAUUGAUAUAACUGACGACAUUGGAACAGCAGAUGCUAUUUUAUCAUCCAGCUCUGACAUGAAGCAAAAUCCCUGGAUUCGUGGUGUAGCUAAAUUUCACCAGUUGCCUGUUUUUGUUAUCAAGUCGAAUACCAUGGCACAAAUGGUAAAGGCAGUUCGGAUGAUUCUGGGAAUGGAUUCUUUUGUUUCUACAUCAAAGCACGUACUCAAGAGUUCUUUUGACAUUGAAAUUGAAGAUGAUGCACCAAAGCGAAAACCGUCAUUGGAGGAGAUUGAUGCCUUGGAGGAGGUCCGACUUGCAAUUGAAUAUAUUGUGAUCCCCGGGGGAGAGCCUGUUGAGCUUCUCCCCAGACGCUCCGAGAUAAUUGCCAGACAACUUGAGCUUGUGGAAAGUUAUCAGCUUGCUGCAGAGAAUUCGGGUACUGAGCUGAACCCCAGGUUGCAGAUCCUUCCACAGAAGUUAACGAAGGUCUCCAUAAAACACUCUAAAUCUAGUUCAAAUUUACAGAAGGAAAUGAGGUUUAAUUCGGUAACUAGUGCCGAUGGAGGAGCUAGUGUUAGUCGGCUGCCGCUUUUGCCAGAAUAAUUUCAAUUAUAUCUCCAAUUGUAACAUAUUUCAACCCUUGGUUGAUACAUCAUACGUGUCCCUUACUAUGUACAGUCUUGUAAAUCAUGUAUAUCUCUGGUCAUGUUAUAUCAUUUAACAUUGUCAAAUACUUAUGUAAUUUUACUUCAUUGUUGCAUUUCUUGUUCAAUGAAAAAAUAAGUCUUUUUUGGAAA